AUGGGUGAAGAAUUUAUCCGUGAGCUGCUCAACCUUUACCUGCACCGUAUCUCUCUGGAACACAACACACACUCUGAAUUAGAGUUUAUUGAGAUUGUAAGAAACUUCGAGCUGGUCAGGAAGAAAUGGCUCCAAGCAGAAGUGGAACUAAAGAAAUACAAAGAGCUGCUGGUGAAAUCGGACGUGACUCGAGCCGCUCUGGAGGUCAAACUGAAACACGCCCGAAAUCAGGUGGACGUGGAGAUCAAGAAGCGUCACAAAGCUGAAGCCGACUAUCAGCACCUGGAGCGUCAGAUGCUGCUGAUGACGGAUAUUCUUGCUCAUGAUGGGAAAUCGAACGUCGGCCUUAAUGAUGAACAGAGAUCCAUACUGGCCAGCUUCCACCACAGAGGAGCUAACAUUACACAGCACAGGAGACAACGGUUAUCGGUGAUCGAUGAAUCGUCUUUCCUCUCUCACUCCGACAUCAGCUACGACAGAACCGAUGAUGAUCUGGAUCUGGAUGGAGUUUCUGUUGUGAAACCUCUGAAGUCGAGACCUCGAGAGAAACGACGUUCCUCAAUGGGACCAGUUGUUGGUCUGCCCAUUCAGAAACGUGGUCGACUCAGUGGACGCUCUGGAGAUCUGCUCACCUCACGCCAAGCUGAGAAGGAAGUUGAAGCGACCGUGGUUACAGCAUCGGUCACCACCCCAGAUACCGGAGGUCAGAUCCACAUGGUUAUUGAUAUUACACAGGAAGCACCAGAGCCAAUCAGAUCCCGAGCCGAUCUGCUCCCGUCUGUGAACGAGCAGACAUCAGUGUGGGUCUCUUCUGAAACCACCGAAGCUGAGAUACCAUCACUGAUGGAGGAGACGAGGGUGGAACCCACAGUUCCUCAAAUCUUCACUCCUCCUGUGGAUACGAACGUCCAGCAUGUCUUUCUGGCUAAAACUGUGAUCCGUCCUGAGACGUGCACCCCCUGUGGAAAGCGGAUCCGUUUUGGAAAGAUGGCGGUGAAGUGCAGGGACUGCCGUGCCGUUGCUCAUCCUGAGUGUAAACACCUGUGUGUGGAGAAAUGUUCAUCCAGUACACACGGACCAGUUCAACCCAACCACGACACGUUGGAGAGUUUCGCUCCCUCCGCUCAGCUCAGGAUCCCAUCUGUGAUCACGGAGUGUGUCAAAGAGAUCGAGAGACGUGGCCUGGAGGAGAAGGGUCUGUACCGUGUUCCAGGAGGUGAACGGAUGGUGAAGGAGUUGAGGGAACGUUAUCUCACUGCUAAAGGCCCUCUGAUGCUUUAUAAAGUGGGUGAAAUCCAUGUGGUGUGUGGACUUCUCAAAGACUUCCUGAGGAAACUCCGAGAACCCCUUGUCACCUUCAGACUUCACAAAACAUUCAUGGAGGCUGCAGAACUGGAAGAUGACGAUAACAGCUCAGCAAUAAUGUAUCAGGCAAUCGGAGAGCUUCCCCAGCUGAACCGAGAGACUCUUGCUUUCCUCAUACUGCAUCUACAGAGAGUUACUCAGAGUCCUAAGUGUCAGAUGAAUGAGAAUAACCUGGCUCGUAUUUUUGGACCCACCAUUGUCGGGCAUGGCAUGGCAGAGCCGUGUCCCCUCACCAUCAUGAAAGAUACCAACACACAACCCAAAGUGAUGUUACGACUCUUCUCCUUCCCUGCUAAUUACUGGAAAAGUCUCCUAAGUUCAAAAAAAGAACAACACAGCUCAAACACUUGUACCCAACCUAAGAGAGAUGAGCUCAUCUCAUCUGUGAUCCAGUCCAGCAUCAGCAGCACAAAUGCAACCACUGACCGAGACCGGAUGUUUAAACCCCUCACCUCUCCUGAGCUGAGUAAAUACAGCAGGACUCCAGGAGGCUCCUCUCUUAAAGGCAGGAUUAAGAACCUGGGCAGUGCCUUUAACAACCCCAGUAAACCCAAAACUGAACCUGCGAAAAAGAAGUUCUUCACUUCACCAAAGUGAAAGGAGGAGAACCUGCUCAAGUGUCUUAGCAGCUGUAUGAUUUUUACCUGUUCAGAAUUUUCUGGUGGUUUCAGGGCAGAAUGUAGUGACCCGGGUCAGUACUGUGACUGUCAGCACUUUAACAUACAUUAUACUGAAUAUUGUAUGACACUGUAUAAUAUAAAGGGUUUAUGUGUGUAAUAUAAAAAAUACUAGUGAAUCUAUAUUAAGUUUUGGAAUGAAUGGAAUAAUAAGUAAAAAAUAAAUGUUAACAUUAAUGAAAUUAAAUAAAGAAUGA